AUGGCUGACUUGGGAGUGCCGUGUUCAGCGGCCACGCUGGCGAGCAUUGCAGUCAUUGUGGAGAAUCCGAGUGACUGGAACAACCUGGAACGAAUUCUCAGAGCCUGCGCUGUUUUCAACAUCAUCGACAUUCGUUUGGUCCAAGAUACGACCAAGCCCCAGGAUCCCCGAUGCCGAAAGUGCUUGAAUCUCAACGAUCGGCCUGAAAUUGGUGGAGCCUGCCGCCUGCUUCCGAGCACGUCGAACUGCCUCGAUGAGUUGGCUGUGCACGGCCACAUGUCCGUGGCAACAGCACUAGAUGAGUCCAGUGUGAACCUUUAUGACUUCGACUUCGGGAAAAGCAACAAGAUUGCCUUGUGGUUCGGGCAGGAGAAGCACGGUCUCACAGACGAAGCACUCUGUGCAGCCGCGACGAAGAUAUUCAUUCCAAUGUCUGGAAUGGUGCAAAGCCUCAAUGUGGCAGCAUCUUCCUCUAUCAUCCUCGCAGAAGUCGCAAGGCAGAGGUUCUUUGACUUCCUGCCAAGCUUGCCGAAGUCAAGUAAAAUGUCAGCUCAUCCUGAGGAGCCAGUGAGCGGUGAGAAUCUGGCAUCCGCUGCUUCCAGCGCUCGCAUGGACAAGUUUCUUUCCGUCGCCCGCCAGCGACAGCGAGGUUUGAUCGUGGUUCUGGAAGAUCCGGACAGGCUGGAUGCUGCAGCGAUUCUUCGAGGGUGUGAUGCUUUUGGAGUUUCGGAGGUUCACUUUAUUUUCGAGGCGACGAAGGCUUUCGAUCCUCUUGCAAACCGGCAGGUGAUGAAGUCCGAAGGAUCCAAUCUCUGGGUCUGCAGUCGGAUUUUCGAGUCUGUGAUGGACUGCCGCCAACAUCUUGACCAACGAGGCUUCACGAGAGUCGGCAUUGCGCCGACGCAGGAUGAUUCGGGAGCGCCUUUCUUUAAUGCGCCAUCUUUUUGCGAAGAGAAGCUGGCGCUUUGGCUGAGCUGUAACAGCUCCUAUGUUAAUGCUGAACUUGUAAGCAGUUCUGUACAUGUCCCGUCCACUGCCAAAGUCGCAGGGCUGGCCAUUUCAAACUUGAUGGCAGUAAUGCUAGCUGAAGUCACUCGUUGUCGCAAGACCGCAUACCCGCAAGGGUACUGGUCGCUUAGUAACCAAGAGCAACGAGCUUAUGUCCACUGGUGCCUUGCAGUUCACACCAAGCGCCAUGCCACACUGGAGCAGGCCUCGCAAGAAGCCUCAGCCAGUCCAGAGUACGAGCGCUUAGGUCGUUUGAGGGCCGAGCUCAAGCGGCAAGGAUGGUAG